ACUCAAACCAGAAAAGAAUGAUUUGUAUAUACAAUAUAAUUAGGGAAGCUAGGUGGGUUCUUAGGAGCUCUCUGAUUUGUAUGGUUAGCCCCUUUGUGGGGAAAUGAUGACGUGGACAAACCAAUCACUGCCAAAUUGCCGGUGGGUUCUACUUCUAGGGAUAGAAUUUUCAUUUUCGUCACAUUUUCGUACUCAUUUCUAAUAAAUAGUUUGUUGGGGGGGAGGAGGGCGGGUUUUUAUUUGUAAAAUUUUCCAACCACUAUGGAAUUUUGUGGUGUUUGAUGAGAGACGCUCCUUAAUUAUUAUUUUGUAUGAAAUUUUGUCUCUACCUGCCCUGCCAAAACCCCCCAUGACGACUGCGUUUGGCACAUUGAUAACUAAUUGACAUAUUGCCUUCAUCAUCAUUGGAGCAAGAUGUUUGGCCAAAUCUCAUCCUUAAAUUUCUUCCAUCUAAACAAUUUCACACUGAAAUAUUAUGUAUUUUCAUUUUCGUCCACUAGUAUCACCGGUGCAAACAAAGACAUGCAUGGAGAACAUCAUUCAUCUAAGGUACGGGAGAGAGACAUCUUUUUGCCAAGUGAAUGUCAAUAGUGAAAGUCUCUCUUAAUAUAACACUAUUAUACACAUCUCAACCCCAUAGGAUAUUAUUGGUAUUGGACAUCCCCCUUGUGUGUGAAAAAUGUAUACACUUCUCAACCCCUUUGGAUAUUAAUGAAAGAUGUAUACACUACAUUACCAUCGACUUUAAUUUCAUCACUUAUCAACAUCGACAUGUCCCGCCCAUUAUUCAACAUCAUUACUAACUUCUAGCCCAAUGCUCAUUAUGUACUCACUUAUAGUAUCAGCAACUCCUUCAUUCCACCUUGUGGAGGCGGUACUAGGAGUUUAUCUUUCAUCCAUGAUCCAACAUAUCUUCUUCCCCAUAGCUGUAAUUUACUUGCGGUCAUCAGUAUCAUUCUUGUAACUAUAAUCCAUAUAUAUGUAUGUACAGAUGAGAAUACAAAAUCAAGACAAAUUCCUCCAAUUGUACUCCUUUUAGCCAAUGAAGUCAAAAUCACGCUUUAAAACUUACACUUUACGCUUCUAAAUCAUCAAAAUACUUUUUACAUAGAAUCGCCGCUUUUUGAUUGCAUUGCUUCUAACAUAUCAAACUCCCUGGCCAUUGAAGACUUCUUGUUCAAGAGUUUCGAAUUUCACAAAAAAAAAAUGACGCUUUCUCUCGAAACAAACAUAGACCCACCCACCCAAUUCCUAACUUACAUUAGGUAAUAUACAUACGUAUGCCGUAUAAUACAUGAAAAUGCCCACUUGUAAUUUGAAGAGAAAAAGAAAAGGAAACCCGAGAGAAAGAAAGAAAGACUGAAUAUGGACACGAUAUUAUAUUAUAAUAAUAUGUUUUGUGGACGGGUGGGAUGUCCCCCUAUGUAUGAUGACCGGAAUUCCAAUCCUCGUUACUACUACCUUAUUAUUCUAUUUCUAUACCUCCCCUCCCUGGGAAAAGCUGACAAAGACUUUACUGCCUGCAAGUGUGCAACUUCUCAUCAAACUUCAAACAUCAUCCCCACAACAAAGGUUGAUGAAAUUUGCAGUCCCUAUACUAUACUAUCUCCACAAACAAGUCCCUAUAUUAUGGCAGUAAUUUGUCCCCGCCAAGCCAAUCAUUCGGACUGGACUGAAUUCAUUGCUUAUUAGAUCGAUCCACACCUAAUAAGUACGUCCUAAUUAACGACCAUAGCGAAUACUCCAUCCAUCCAAAGUACAAGUACAAGGGAUGCUAGUUCUUCCCUUCUUUCAAACAACGUAACUCCCAUGACAGUUAGCUAAUAAUGAGAUGACUUGACAAAUUUGCUUAAACAAGGCAGGCAAGGGAAAAUAGCUAUGACUAAUACAAAGAUUAUGAUCAUCCUAAACGUCCCAUUUAAUACUUUAUUGUGAGCAAAUGAUGUCAUUAUUUCAUAUAUAUAAUUUUUUUUUUUGCCAGAUUGAUGAAGGUUAGGUUGGCCCCCGUCUUUCCUAUCCUAACACAGAACAGAAGCUCACAUUCCCAUACUGGACUUGGUCAGAUUUCCCACAAAAUUCACUACUCAACCACUCUUUCUCCCUCUCCCACGACCUUCUAAACCAAAUACCCUAGUCAAUAGUUUGGCUCAUCUGAAAACUACAGCAACAUGAUGAAGUUCCCAUUCAUUAUCUUAUCGUUUCUCAUCUUAUGCAAAUCCUCCCAGUGAAAAUAGAAAAACCAAAGCCUCUUAGGUUCAAUCUUCACCAUCCUAGUUUAGGAUAAUUCUAUAACUGAAAAUAUUUGUCCUCUGUAGGACAACUUAAGAAGUAAUAUAGUAUCACAUAGGGUACUGAGCACGAUAACAAGACAAGUAAAGCACUCAAUCAUACUGCAGCUUUUUUGUUUCCUCCGUCAGUUUUUAUCGUUAUUUUGCUGAUGUGGCAACGCCACAAUCAAAGCGAGUAACAUGAUCGACAUAACAGCAAAAACUGACGGGGAAGAGGAAAUGCUAGCAGAUGAGCGAGUUUGGUACUUCAGUUGUCUCAAACCAAGUUCAUUGUGAUACACAUAGUCGACCCCAGCGACCACAUUGGCAGGACAAUGACAAUUUGGGUGUGCUCUUGUUAGUGGAAUUGCAAUUUCUAAACUAACUAAUGUUCAACACUUAACAGCAAUGGCGUUUAUCUUAAUGCCGUAAGAGACUAAAGGACGUGACACUGCACACGACCACAGAAACUAUCCACACAUGCAUUUUGGGGUUAGAUAGCGGUCAAUAUAAUUAAGAUGAGAGGACUAACUAACAGUACUGUUGCUGUCUAUGAUAAAAAGUAAGUUGAUAUGAACCACAGAACAAGUCUGCUUAAAGAACGUUGAGCACUGAGCAGUGGUGGUAUUUUAAGACAAAAGCAUGACUGCAAGUUCUUUGACCAGUCUAAGGCAAUAGUGAAAGCAGGAGUUAAGGAGAGCGUAUCUGGACUGAACCUCUCAGAAGAGACUGCACUUAGACGUCUUUGAAUUACCAUGAUCUUUCACUUUCCGCUUAUUUCUGCUCAUGGGUAGAUAUGUUCCUGAAGAGUGAUGACAGACAAAAGAAGAGGAAUGUCAGCGAGGGGGGUGAGCAUGAAUCAACCCGAUCCAGAGUCAAACUUGGUACAGAACCGGAUUGAAACCAAUGAAAAAAAGAUUGAAAUCUGUCCAUUCUUCGUUUGAUCCGUCUUGUGUUAAUUUGAGAAAAAAGAACAAGUCUUCAAUUUGAAAUCGAAACAGAAUCGAAUUAUACUCGAAUCUGAUCCGAUUCGGGUUAACCUCCAACUAAAUCAGAUAUUUUGCCUGAAGAAAUUCGUGAGAAAGUCGGCAGCUACUGAAAGAUAGACCCUACUUGGAAAAAAAAAAACAAAAAUGAAGUGUUUAAGUAAACCACAAUAUUCCUCAACACGUGGUCCAAUGCUAGGCAUUGCCAGUUGGAACAGAGAGAACAAAUAAUGAAAUCCCAC